CGGAGCGGAGGGAGCGGCCCCGGCUCGGCCUCGUCGGGCCUCGUCCGUCCGUCCGUCCGGAGCUGCAACGCGCAGGAUGUGGAGCUAAUGCAAACAAUUAUUCCUUCGCACACUCCAUCACUGACUGCUAGAAUGUUUCUAAUGAAUGCGUCUCCUGUGGUUGCUCUGCAAUCGAAAUGGGAGUCUUUUGGACAGCCAGGAAGUUUUAGAUUUCCGGCGUGCUUCUCGGAAUCUGAAGAUGAUAUUGCCAGAGCAUCUGUAAGCGCGAAAGUUCAGAUGAUCAUAAACAACCUGCAAAGCGAGGAGACUUCCUUGGGCAUGAACAAUGAGUAUAUUAUGCAGAAGAAUCAAAAGGUAGAUCAGCGCGGUGGUGCCAGACCUGCAGCCAAUGCUCUGGCACGUAAAGAGUACCAUCGUUGCUCCGCCGACUUUGACGGCCCAGAGGAGGAAGGGAUUUCUGAAUUUGGGCCCCUGGUUUUGGAUUCGGAUAGUGAUGAUUCUGUGGACCGGGAUAUAGAGGAAGCCAUUCAGGAGUACUUGAAAGAGAAGAGCCACACCAUCCAGUCUUCGGCAAGCGAGACAGAGCAUUCAGGUACUACAGGUGGGGAGAGCAGGUGCAAACCAGACCUCUCCCAGAAAAACGUGACUUCCGGCUUACUCUCUGUGAAGUUUAAAGCAGGCGUGGUCUCAGAAAGCUUCAUACGCAACCACUUGGAAGUCGAUGACCAGCUGAGGUCUGUCUCUCCUCUUAGCGUGAGUAGCGACGACUCUUUCGAACAGAGCAUCCAAGCCGAAAUCGAACAGUUUUUAAAUCAGAAGAGACAAAGGGAAAUCCACAAGCACGAUGACCCGGUGAAUCGGAAACCAGAGAAGAAGGAGACCCCCGUGAAAUCGGCUUUUAAAUCAAGCAAAGAAUCAACCGGCAAACCGCGUCGCCAGGCUUGGAAGCAAGACUACAGUCUCACAGUCGGACUACCCGCGGAAUUGGAGAAAACUGUUCAGACCAAGGACUUGAAAUCUAAAGUCAGUGCAGAACCUGAAAACUUGAGUCAAGCAGAUGGGUUACCUUUAAAGCCAGGAGCCCCUUGCCGCCCCAAGGAAACAGCUCCGAAUAAAAACGAAGGUAAGAGCGGUCUCUGGGCAACUCGAAGGGGACAAAGAACCAAAAGUCUAGCUUUAGGGAAUGAUCCCUCCGACUCCAGUAGCGAUGAUGGCAUCGAGGAAGCCAUCCAGCUCUACCAGUUGGAGAAAACAAGGAAGGCCGCCAAUCUAACAGUGGACUGUGGCCUAUUGCAGGAUGCCCAGCCCCAGCCAGAGAGUAGGGUGACAUUUCCCGACAGCUUCUCGGUGGGUUCCCCAAAAAGUGCCUUGCCAGAAAACCGUAACAGACCAUUACGGAGCAAAAGGAAGAGGGUUACUACGAAAGUUACAGAAUCGGGCCAGGGAAGCAACGGCCCAAACAAACUCUUGAAGCCACUGAAAGAAACCAAAGUUUCUACCCCUCUAGUGAACAGAAUCGCCAAAUGUGAGUUUACAACCCAGGUCUCCUGCCGAGCCGAAUCAUCCGCUGAAUUAAUGUGCGCAGAAGCUAUUCUCGACAUUUCCAAAACCAUCAUGCCAUCCCCUGUGGAAAGCGGCGACAGGCCACCUUCCGCCAACCCUGUCCUCGGUUCCCAAAGCGUGCCUUCCUGCCCUGUCAGUGACGACAGCUCAGUGGACAGCGACGAUAGCAUAGAGCAAGAAAUCAGAACCUUUCUGGCCCUCAAGGCCCAAUCAGAAAGUCUGUUGGCAAAGCCUCAGAACCUCUCCCAGUCUGUUCAGGAUCCACUGUUGCCUGGAAGCAAUAACCAGACUGGGGUCGAUGAGGCUUCUCUCACCAACACGCUGAAAUUAUCACUGAGUCACAAAAAAAAACUUAAAGGGGAAAAGAAAACAGCGAAACAGUUGACACAGAAAACCCCUAAGGAGUUGGAGAAAGAAAGGCCCCAGGAGGCUGACUGUAGUAAAGGAAAAAUUCUCCUGUGCCAAGAAAACCCUCAGUGGAGCAGAGAGUGUAGACCCCGUGAAGCAGAAAGUUGUGCUGAUGCCUCCAGGUGUCAGCUUCUCUCUUCAGAAUUAGUUGGACUGAUCGAUAAGCACGUGACCUUAGAUCUGAGGCACGGUUUAUCGCAGGUCUGUGGUAGGGCAGGUCGGGGGAGAAAUGUGGAACCAGAAAGGUCCGGAACUGAGGACAAAAGCAGUUCAUUGGACAGUGAUGAGGACCUGGAUACUGCAAUUAAGGAUCUUUUGCGAUCAAAGCGAAAACUAAAGAAAAAGCCCAAGGACCACAAAACCCCCUGCAAGAAGAAGGUCAGGUUUAGUGGCACCGAAACACUGUUUUUGGACAAACUUGAUAGCUUCCAAAGAGACUGGAAAGACAACCAUCCCAGUGUGCUGAAGAGCUGCCUCUCGAGAUCAAAAAAAGACAACAUGGAGAACACAGUGAAAAAGCCUACUCUGAACACUUGUAAGAGCCGGUCAGAAAAUAAUGUCCAGUUUUCAUUCCAAGUCAAAAAACAACCUGAGGCCAAACCAGUUUGGGUUACAGAUGGUUUGGAAGCUAGCGAAAAUCAGCACUCCGCGCUAAGCACCGUCUCAUUGUCAGAUGACAGCAGCACAAUUGAUAGCGAUGAUAGCAUCGAGCAAGAAAUUCGAAAAUUUUUGGCAGAAAAGGCCAAAGACUCCCUGCACUGCUCAGAGGGUCCAGUGGGUAACGUGCCAAGCUUUGGUUCAGUGGGUAUCUCUCAUUCGGAGAUGGCUCGUUCGCUGGAGCAUCCGGCUACUUUGUCAUCACAUCAAAGUCAGAGGAGUAAAACGGCCUCUCAGCCAGCUGGGGGACUGAAAAACUCAGCAAGAACUGUAAUGCAAAGUGCAAUAAACCCCUCACAUGAUGGUGGGAAAAGUACAUCCUGUACCGAGACUGUCUACCUCCAUUCUACUUUGUCUUUAAAAGCAAAAUGUGAGACAGUGCCUACUAAAAAUAGCACUGGCCAGAUGUCUGUAAAAGAAGCACCAAUAGGUAGGAAGCACAUAUACAAUAGAGACCAAAGUCAGAAAAGUCCCAAAUCCACCAGUGUUGAAAGGGACGUCAGUCAGUUGCAGAAUUGUAUCAGUGCUUUCACCAGUUCAGGAAAAGAUAGCAGUUUUCAGCUAAAAUUGCCUAGCGUGUGUGCAGCUGAUCAAGUGUCUGGUCUUAAAAGGGAACCAAAUUUGUUUCUGAGCCACAGGCAACUUGGACGGAAUGAUUUAAUCCACCAGGCAGUGCUCCGUGGCUCCACUGCCCUUGACCGUGAAGGUAGAGAAACGGUGAGGACAGGGAGGCUGGGGCGUGAGGAAGAGAAAGGAAUAAAGACACAGGUAAAGUGUCCUGUGACGCCUGCAAUAAAAACAAAGCCAAAUCUACCGUUAGCUGCAGCCUGUUUAAAAGCAGAGGCGAGGCCUGCUCAGAUUCAGACUCAGCUUUUUAAUUUUGGAGAAAGUGCUUCCUGGAGAGGCAAACGAGCCAGUUUUUUCGAUUCCUAUCGGGGCACUCCAGUGCUAGUACCGUCCAGCCCAGCAGUAAGAAGGAACAAAGUGAGCCCAGGCCCAAUAAAGCAUGAAAGAUCAAAUUUGACCCUCCAGAAGGAAGGCGGGCCUUGGCAGAACAGUAACGUCCAAGCAGGGCUGAAUCGGCAUGAAAUAAGAAACUCGUGCUCUGAAGGAAAAACCUUAGAUUUCAGAAGUAGAUGGGCCGAUUCCCAAAGUGAUCCAGACCAUGAUGUAGAGACAGAUUCCAGUGAAUUUAGUGACACACCUGUAGAGGAAUGCAGAAGUGCAUUAGCGAAGGGAAAGAGCCCAAAUUUCUCCUCCUUAAGCACUUCUAUUGAUCCUGGAGUGGUAAUUCAGCCUUAUAUCACAUUGUCUCCAGAACGACUUAAGAAGAUUACUUUAUGGCCACAGAAUAGGAGGAAAAUGCUCCAGAUUGGAGCAAAAAAGCUAAAUAUAACUAUUGACUGGAAUGAAAAAGGAAAGUUCACAAAGAAGACUUUUGAAAAAAAUUUGUAAAUUACAUUUUGAGAUGACAAAAGCUCAAGUGACCAUUUUUUGUAGCGUACUGGUUGGAGUUUGAGUCGGCCAUGGAACUCUAACUUGCUUUGGUGGAGGAGCAUCAAUAAUUUUGUUUUGUAAUAUAGUAUUCUUGGUGACUAUUUUCUCAGCAUACCUCUUGUAUUUUUUUUAAAUUUCUAAAGUCACACAUUUGAAAACUGAAAAUUUAAAAAAUAUCUUGUGAACCAAACUAUUGACUUGUUAAAAAUUGCAAGUUUAAGUUUUGCCUAAAUAUGUUUGAAAAAAGUAUGCUGUGUAUAGCAUAAAUAUCAGUAUCGUAUCUGCUUAUUUUGUUUUUUACUGUUGCUAGACUAUGAAAGCCUAAGUAUUCUAUUAUGAUAAGCUGAUAAAUUCCAGACCCAUAUACAAGAUAAGACAGAUUAUUGUCAGGCUUCCGAACUGGAAGCGAUUGCAAUAUUUAGGAAGGUGAAAAUAGCACUGUGAAGAUAGGUUUUUUAUGCUCGUCAAUCAGUGGUAUUCAUUGAGUAUUCACUGGGUGCAAAGUGUUGUAUUAAGCACUUGGGAAAAUACAAUAGAGUAAGUAGUUUCCUCAACUGUAAAAUGAGAUGAAUAUAUUUUCUCCCUCUCCCGUAUUUGGGGAACCCUAUGUGUAGGAAGGCUGAGUUCAAUCUACUUAUAUAGUACCUACCCCAUUGAUUAACACAGUGCUUGUCACAUUCCUUUAAAAAAAAAAAACCUUCACAGUUAUUAUUUGAUCAGAAAUGUGAUUUUUGCCAUGUGUGCUGGAAAUCAGUGAACAAUAUUAACAUGCAUUGGGAAAUUGCAUUCAUUUUCAAUGUGUGAAUGGAGCCAACCAGUCACAUGAAUAUUAAGAUUGAAGUACAUUUUUAUGAGUGACAGAAAUAGAGGUGGCAUAAAAACCCCAAAUAUUUCUUAGGCCAGACCUUAAAAAGAAACCCAAAGUAAAGCCAAGAAUUUAAACCAUUUUCUGGCUAAAUAAAAAGAAAAUAAGGUUUUUGCUAUUCUCUAGAACAAUUCUACUUUUUUCUGUUUCUCUUGGGCUAGUUUAGGGGACACCCCCUCCACCCCCGACCCCCAGCUCUUAACUAAACAUCUCAGCUUAAAAGAAUAUACAUUUGCUUGGUGGCUAAAUAAAUGUAGCUUUCUUGAAGGAAGCUCAAUUCUAAUCCAUUGUGGUGGAUUUAGUAGUAGUGAAAUUUCUAUAUUUUUAGUGCAGAUUGGAAAGUUAGCGCUCAAAUGCAAUGGACUGCCUAUUUAAACAUUUGUGUAGAUUUUUUAUUCAGUGAUAUUGUUGAAAGUAGAUGUUUUGGCAGUGCAUUUGACUUAUGAAUAAAUAAACUUUAAAAUUAUUGUCUGAGGAGCACCACUAUAUUUAAAUGUGUUUAAGUGUUGGUUAGGGUUUGUUUUUAUA